GCUUUGUGAAUCCAACAUGUCGGCGCCCGUGGAGGUAGUUCUGUGUGCAGAUUCAGCGGGUCAGCUGUUUAACUGCGCGGUUUUCGACCCUCAUUCCGGGUCAGAGUUCUUGUCCUAUAGCGGGGGCAACACCUCUUCCCGGUCUUUAACAGUCCUGAACGGAGAAUACAUAUUAGGAGCUCAACUCGGCAAGAACUUCAUCAACGUGUGGGAGAUCCAAAGAAAGGACCAGCUGCAGCAGAAGAUCGUGUGUCCUGGGAUCGUUACGUGUCUCUGUGCGUCUCCUGAUGGUCUCUGUGUACUGGCAGGCAUUGCUGAAGCUAUAUACCUGUGGGAGAUGUCAACAGGAAAUUUGCUGGCUAUUUUGAGUCGACACUAUCAGGACGUGAGCUGCAUCUGUUUCACUGAUGACGGCAGUCAUUUUGUGUCGGGAGGGAAAGACAAUCUGGCUCUCAUAUGGAAUCUCUCCAGCGUUGUUCAGUUGGAUUCGUCCCGCACACCAGAACCGCGUCACAUUCUUUCUCGCCACUCCCUCCCCAUCACCGACAUCCACUGUGGCCUGAUGGGACCACAAGCCCGUGUUGCCACCGCAUCCCUGGACCAAACCGUUAAGGUCUGGGAAAUUUCAUCUGGGGAGAUGCUCCUGUCUGUUCUCUUCAAUGUCGGCAUCAUGUCAGUGACCUUUGACCCCUGCGAGUAUUUCCUGUUCUGCGGAGGUAGUGACGGCAAUAUUUUUCAGGUGUCUCUCUGCAGCACGAGUAUAAACCGGGAUAAAACCUUCCAGAUGGACAGCGACGGCAAUGAGGUGUUUAAAGGACACAGAAAUCUGGUGACAUGUUUGUCUGUGUCUAUGGACGGGACCCUCCUGCUGUCUGGCUCCAACGACGAGACUGUCAGGAUGUGGGACGUUCAGAGCAAGUAGUGCAUAUGGUCCAUCAACCACAAGGUUUAGGUGUCUGAUCUCUUGUUCUUCGGCCGUGACUGGCUGGCAGUAGCGCAGGAAUGAUGAGAUUCUGCAGUGAUAGUGACACAGCGUGCUCUGUUUUGGUUCUGAUCCGUGAAUACAUUCUGUCAGCGCCGCUCUGGUUUGACAGUAGUGCACCCUCCAAGGAACACAAAACAACCUCAUUUUUCUGUUUGGGUUCCCUGGGUUAGAUUUUCUCUCUCUCU